GCUAUGUUUACGUUGCACUUGUUAUUACGAUAAAAUAAGAAAAAGCGGCCAUCAACCCAGCUAUUUUGACAAUUAGAACGUCUGUAGUAGAUUCGUGUGCUGAUUCGGUAACUGAAUGUUGACAAUGUUUCCGGUAGCCGGUUAUGUCCCCAAACUGGAGAGUAAUACUAUGUGUGUGCAGUUUUUAACUUUAGAACAUAUUAAUAUUUAAAAAAAAAAAUUAAUUAAACAUUUAACUUACGAAAAGUUUCUGUCCAAUUUUAAUUCAUUACCGACAUAGAGAGUAGGCUACCUGUUUAAAAAGGCCCCUUAACUUAACUUAGUAACAAGUGUCAUGGCAACUAGUGUCAUGGGUGAACCAGUUUCGAGAACUAGUCACUUAAGAAGACUGGAACUAGGCUACUUGUAAUUGCCAGAUAUGUCAGAACGGGAUAAAAAAGCAGUGAAUGAUGUCACCACAAGUUCAGUUGAUGUUGGCCAGCUGAUUGACAUGAAGUGGAAGCUAGGGAUGGCCGUGUCAUCAGAUGAGUGUAAACACCUCAACUCUCCGUACAUCACACUCAUGAUGACGGUAACAGACUCAUCCGGCAAAGUUGGCAACCACUCACUUGAAAUGACCACAGCACAGUUUUUUAAUUUUUCUCGUCAGUUAAAGGACAUAGCUGCUCUGAUGGAGACUGUCUGAACAUGUUGCUAUUUGUGCUUUUGAGACGUUUCUAGGAACUUGUCAAACUACACAGUAGUAGACCAAUGACAGAAUCUCUGUGCAAUUGGGAUCAGACAGGUGUCUGGGUAAAAGCAAAAAAAAAAUUCAGCAUUAUUCCAUUUGACUUGCAAAGGCUUUGGAAUUGAAGCUUAUGAUACAUAUUGCAGCAGAUUCAGUUUCCAUCGGUUGGAAUGAGUUUUGCACAUGCUCUAAAGCUACUAAUUCUGUCCAUGUCCCAAACCUCCGAAAUGACAUUUGCAGUCAUUUAUCAUCUUCAGUAUGGUUGAGAGCAAUCAUACAAGCAUAUUUCAGUUUUCUGAAGUGUAAUGACACAAGGUCGACAACAUUAAUCCUGAAAGGUUGUAUUUUAAUACCUCAGUUUUUGGACAAACAAUCAUGUGACCCACUGCCAAGUUGGUAUAUAUAUAUCCUUAACUAUAGUUCCUCAGGGACCGUAGCAGGUUUGGACCUAGCCUAAAUAAGAGGAGGGGAGGGUCGGUCAAGAAGAAUCAAGUUAUAUUAAUAUAGAGUAUUCUUCAGCUAGAUAAAAAGUGGCACACACCCCCACCCCCACCCCCUAAUGGGGUGCAUAAAUGCUCCCAUCCGUGCUAGGUACUGUCCUGCUCAGGUCAACAUUGAACAAAAAAGUUUACUGUUUUAUUUUAUUAGUUUUUUCAUAAAUAAUUGUUUUUCUCCUUGCUUUGUUUUUUUUUAACCCUGAGUAACAUAGAAGAAAAUACCUUUAAUUGACAAUUGAUUAGUCAUGUUACAGAUUUUACAUGUGAAAUGAAAUUUGUGUAGGUCAGAUACAGUUUUUAUUAUUAAUUUUUCAAAAUAAUUUUUUACUAUUUAUAAUUAGGAAGACAUUGGCUGGUGGUCAUUUAGUACAGAUAACUGUUUUUUUGUCACCUGCUAACUAUUUAUUACAUCACUGAAAUUAUUUAUUUCCUGAAGACACUUAAUGAUCCAUUGAUCUGGGUUAAUCUGGGAAGUAACUUUGUAGUGGUGAAUUAAAGCUAAUGGUUACAUUGAUCUGACCGAGUUGGUUUAACUUUGUAGUGGUGAACUUAAACAAGGAGCUCAUGGCCGUAGAAAUAUCUUUUAAAAGAGGAGGUAUUUGUAGUUUAAAAAAAGUUUUAGGGGUCAUAUUUCUAGGGGGUCAUGGGGUUAUGCUUGAAAUGUAGACUCAAAAGACAAAUAGUUUUCAAAUUAACAAAAACUAUCUCUCUUUUUUUUCAGUAAUAUAAAUUAUAUCAAAAUGUUAAAACAACAGUUUUUUCACACAAUUUUUUAGCAGCAGAUUUUGAGGACCAUGGCAGCCACAAAUUGUAAAUAAAAUUGCAACAUAAAUUAUUUUAUUAUUAAAUUUUAUUUGGUAAAUAUGAGCAUUUUGUCCAGGAUUUAACUGCAAUGAUGAAAUGUAAUACAGCAAGGAUGUAAUUGUUUUUACUUAACACCUCUCCCCCCCCCCCCAAAAAAAAAACAGAAAAGAAAAAAAGAUUACAAUGCAUGGUUGCUACAAUAACCAAAAUAGUCACAAAAAAUAAUUUUGUUUGCUAUGUUUUAAAUUAUUAAAAUAAGCUAA